GUAAAAUCUCCGCGAUGCGAGUUUACCCGGAAACAAUCGGUGGGGCACACAAGGAAACAGCAGCAUGGCGUCGGGUCACCUGAGCAAAAUAAACAGACUAAUAACGACAGUUCUUAACUCUUACAGAUCGCCACAUGUCCAAGCUUUGUGGGUUCCAUUUCGAGAUGCGUCCAAUAUCCGUGGUCCUAACAUUGAUGACUGCAGUGAUAUGGAGGUCGGUGUGACGUCAGACGGGAACACCGUUGUUUGCUACCAUCCAACCGUGGAUAUUCCGUAUGAGCUCACCCAGCCGAUCGAGAGGCCCGACCCACUGAGCAGCCCGGCCGAGACACACGAGCAGGUUCUGAAGGCCCACCUCAGCAAGGAGGUGCUUAGGGACAAACAGGGUCCCACCAUAGAAGAGCUGAGCAAGAUGUUUUUCACCACCAAGCAUCGCUGGUAUCCAGUUGGACAGUACCACAUGAGACGGAUAAAGAGGAAUACGCCAAAGGACAGAUAAUUGUGUAUAUGUGUGUAUUAUGACUAUGUUUCUGUAUAAUAAACUACAAAUAAAUACACAUCUUUUUGCUCAACAGAA